AACUCCUAGUCCUGGACUACUAUACUUGGCUGCCACUCACCAUCGCCGUUGCCGCCCGAGCACCCGCCGCCGCCGCCGCAUUCUCCCGCCGGAGAAGCCCCAGCUCCCAGCCCUUCUCGACUCUGCUGUCCAGGAACGUCGUCGCUGGCCCGUGCACUGCCACUCCGAGGCCGGCGUCCUCUCUCGUUCGUUCUCGCAGGUUUCAAAUCAUGAUGUCUGCAGCUGCAGAGCAGGUUGCUGGUGGUUUCUCAUCAGCAGUUAUCCAGCGUGCUGUUGACAAGGUGAUUGACUUCCUCGAGAGCAACUAUAAUCUGAGCCAUGCUACUGAAGAACUUUUGACCAAACUCCACACAAGCCUCACCAUGGUGAGGGCCAUAACCGAGGUCGCUGAUAACCAGCUUAUUACCAGCACUAGUCUUAACAAGUGGCUAAGGAACCUCCAUGAUGCUGCCUAUGAAGCGGAGGAUGUGCUUGACAGAUUUGAUUGUCAAGACACAGUCCUUGGAAAACGCAAGAUGAGCGAGCUCGUUUCGUCAUCGAUUAGGGCCCUUAAAAGUUUGGUUGUACCUGAUGAGGGCAUGAACAGGCUUGAAUAUGUUGUGCAGAAGCUAGAUCACCUUUGUGCAACCUCCAACACAUUUCUGGAGCUCUUGAGGCAGAGUAGUUCAUCAUCCAUCAAGGAGGGAGCUGGGGGAGAGACUACUUCUCGUGUUCCAGUUGAUGUCAAGCUGUUUGGACGCGAUGAAGUUCUAGAGUUGAUACUGAGAGUUAUUUUAGGUUCAUCUGGCUCUGAGCCAGAAUCCAGCAGCAUAAGAGCAAAACAUGGGGCAAGGUACACCAUUGGUGGUGUUGAUGUCAUCCCAAUUGUUGGUAUGAGCGGGGUUGGGAAGACAACCCUUGCUCAAGUCAUUUACAAUCAUGAAAAUGUGAAGGGUCACUUUGGGCACAGAGCAUGGGUGUAUGUUUCAAAACAUUUCGGAGUGAAAAGGACGUUGCAGGAGAUAUUGUGCUCCAUAAAAGGAAAUGAUUCAUCUUUUGACCGUGCUGAUAGUAUAGAGACAGUUGUCAACAAUAUUCAAAUUGUCAUCCAGCAUGGAAGAUUCUUUCUUGUGCUUGAUAGUGUUUGGGAUGAGAUGUGUGAUCAGUGGAGUAGUUUGCUUACUGCCAUAGCUGGUGAAGUACCGGGAAGUGUAAUUCUUGUCACAACACAAAGCAAAAGGGUUGCAGACACAGUAGCAACAAUGUGUCAAGUUCCACUAGCACCUUUGCCAUGGGAGAGUUUUUGGUCAGCUUUCCAGUAUUAUGCUUUUGGCACCACCGGUCCUGUGGCAGAGAACAAUCAGACUCUUCUGCUAAUUGGUGAGCAAAUAGCAAAAAAACUAGAUGGCUUGCCAUUAGCAGCAAAAGUAAUGGGAAAUCUGUUAAGAUCCAGAUUUACCAUACACCAGUGGAGAAGCAUCCUUGAGAGCGAUUGGUGGGACCUGAGUGAAGUUCUUUGUGAAAUCCUUCCAUACAUGGGAAUUAGUUAUCAAGAUCUACAGCCUAGACAAAGGCAGUGCUUCGCUUUCUGUUCGAUUUUUCCAGGAAAUUACUUGUUUGAUAAAGAUAGAUUGGUCAAUAUGUGGAUUUCUCACGAUUUCAUUGAACAGAGUGAAUCUGGUGGCACUAGAUUAGAGGACAUUGGAGGUAAAUUGUUUGAUGAACUUGUGCAAAGAUCAUUUUUCCAGGCUACAUUUGAUAAAAGGAGGUACACUAUGCACGAUCUAGUACGGGCUCUGGCGAUUGGUGUUUCUUCAUAUGAAUGUUUUCUCCACAAAGAGACCUCACGCAGAGCAUCACCAACUGCUCGCCAUUUGGCUCUGCAAGUUAGUAAUCAACUGCACAUUCAUGAACUCAACAAGUAUAAAAAUCUGCGGACAAUCUUACUGUUUGGUCAUUGUGACAGUACUGAAAUUUGUGAUGUUGUUGACAAUAUGUUAGCCAACUCAAGAAGCAUUCGAGUGUUAGACUUAUCUUAUUUGGAGGUGCUGACAAAUAUGCCUGCCCACAUUUCAUCCUUAAAGAAAUUGAGGUUCUUUGAUCUUUCUUUCACAAGAGUCAAUAAUUUGCGCAACUUCCCUUGUAAUCUUCAUGCUUUAUACCUCCGUGGAUAUACCCGCAAUUCUAUUCCUGAAAGUGUUAAUACACUUGCCAAUUUGCGGCACUUGUAUGUUGACGCUACAGCUCUCUCUUUGAUUCCUGGUAUUGGGCAACUGAGUCAACUUCAAGAAUUGGAGAACUUCAGUGUUGGAAAGAGAAACGGAUUCAUGAUAAAUGAAUUGAAAAACAUGCAAGAGCUAUCUGGGAAAAUUUGCAUAAGCAAUAUCCACGUCAUUAAGAACACACUUGAGGCAGCCGAUGCCAAUAUGAGUGGGAAGAAACACCUUGAAGCCUUGGUGUUGAAGGGGAGAAAUGUAUCCAAAUAUGUACUUGAAGGAUUGCAGCCACACUCAAAUCUUCAAGAGCUCAUGAUCGAAGGUUACAGGGCCACAACUUUACCUAGCUGGAUCUUGCAAGGCCACAUCUUCACAAAACUGCAGUCUAUUCAUGUUGGAAGCUGCCGACUUCUAGCUGUACUUCCGCCAUUUGGAAAAUUCGCUUCACUCAAGCAUCUCACUCUCGAUAACUUGCCAUCGGUGAAGCAUGUUGAUGGAACACAUUUUGGUUGCCUCCCAAAUUUGGAGGACUUAAAAGUUUCUUCGAUGACAUCUUGGAUAGAUUGGUCACAUGCAGAAGAUCAUGGCCCUCUCCUUCCACAUCUCACAAGGUUUGAACUUCACAAUUGUCCUUUACUGGAAAAAGUGCCCAACCUAUCAUCCAUAUCUUCAUUGUCAGAACUUAACAUUUCAGCUUGUGGGAACUUUGCCAAGGCACUGCCACAAUAUGUAGGACUAUUAGCAUGUCUCAAAAAAUUAAGGAUAUCUUACUGUGAUCACCCACUGCUAUUCUCUGGGCAUCAGUUGAAGUCACUGGAUUAUCUACAUCUUCGAAAAUGUGGAUCUCUACGUUUGAUUGAUGGGCUACAAUGUUUUCCCAACCUCAGGGAUAUUGAUGUUCUUGGUUGUCCUGGCAUUCUUACUGAAUUACAAGACCAAUCGGUUAGACAAGAUGAGCAGGAUUUACUUCAUCUUAGCAGUAUAGUUACAGAUAUUAGCUUGCUAAAUAAGAACUUUUUUGUCCCCUCAGUGUGUGCUCUGUGCAUCCUUUAUCUGGAGGCCCUUCAUUUUACCCCAGAGCAGGAGGAGUGGUUUGGACAACUAAUAUCUGUCAAAAAAAUCGAGUUUGCUUACUGCUAUUUUCUGCAACGACUCCCUUCUACACUAAACAGACUUACCUCCUUAAAAGUACUUAGUAUCAGGGAGACAAAACCCCUGUCGCUGGAAGGAGUUGUGCCACAGAACCUCCAAGAAUUGAUUAUGGAUGGCUUCGUCAUGGAAGACAAUUUCAAACCUGGAGGAUCAGAUUGGCUGAACAUCUCUCAUGUUCCAUACAUUCGGCUUAAUGGGAAGACAGUCCAAAACCUGUCAAUUAAUGCUGCUUCAUCGUCUUCAAACCACCAAAUUUGAGUACCAUGUAUCUGUUCCCACUGCUUGCCUCUGCCUCUGUACUACAAAUAAUAUCUCUAGUUCUGGGAAGCAAGGUUGCAGCAUGGUGAGCUAAAGAUCGUUUGCUCCAUGCAUGGCCCGCAGAUAUGGUGCAUGGAUAAACUCUGGCUGGCUGGUGCAGAGUGCACCCAGGAUAGUCAGUAGUUCUUGAGGAAGGGAAGCUCAGGGAGAUCAAGGAGUAGGAGACUGACGGCGCGCGCACAUGAAGGGCUCUCGGACUCUGUUCCGGUCUUCUGUGUUGCUGUUGGGCUCUCGGACUCCGAUCUGGAGGAGACCGUCCUCACCAAGGAUAUGCGCGGCGGGAUGUUUGAUCCGGAUGGCGCUGCUGACGGUGGACGAUGCCUGGAGCAGCACGACCGCUCAGGGGAGGUAAACAACAUGUUGUACAGGAAGAAAGAGGGAGGAUUCAGAUUUGGCCAUGUCGGCAAGGCGACCAUGGCUAAAUACAACACGGACGCACGCCUAGCCGCCGCCUCCAAGAACCCCAGCUUUCUGCCUCCCACCGGCGCCGGCACCGGUCCAUCCCGUCUCCGGUGGCCGUAUGGCCAUGAAGGCGGAGUGGAUCUCGGCCCUUGCCGGUGGGAGGGCUCCGUUUUUAGAUCUUUUUUCGAGCUUUGUGAGGGUUUGUGUCCUGCUCAGGAAGGCGAGACGGUGGCGGCUCCCUGAAGAUGGAAUAAAUGUCUCUCCCCCUAGCCCCCGUUCCGGUGAUGCGUCUUGCAUCGUCGGUGGGCGUGUAGAGUUGUGUCUCCGGCGGAUCUGUCUUUGGUGGAUUUGCUCAGAUCUGUUCGUCGUUCGUCUUCGUUCGUUUUCAGGUUGAAUCCUUUUGAUCUACACUCUUCAUCCGCGGCGGUUGCUGUUCUGGUGUGUUGGUUCUACCGGGCCUUAGCACGACGACUUCCCGACUGUCUACUACAACAAAGUUUGCCCGGCUCCGGCGAGGGAGGGGCGAUGACAGCGGCGCGCCUUCGGCUCGCUUCAGUCCUUAUAGUCGUCACUAGGUGGUCUACGGAUCUGGAUGUAAUUUUUAGUAUUUCUAGUUUUCGUUGUACUACUAUGAUUGAAGAUGAAUAGAUUGGAUUUUUUUUUUUUAAAAAAAGGCGACCAUGGCUCUUCGCGCUGUCCUUGAUGUGUUGAGACGACCUGGUCGGCAAACCGCCGCGUGCUGUGUAGGUGACUACUAGCCGAUUAGCAGUUUUGUUGUGUUCCCACACAUAUAUAGCUCUUGUUACAUCCCUACUA